AUCCUCCAUUGCACAUUCACAAUAGAUGAUGCAUCAGCUGGUAACAUUGUAGCAGCACUCAUCUAAUAGCACUGGGUACCAAUGCUCGGAGGAAGACUGAUUUUUUUUUUUUUUCUGUUUUGAGGUUGAUCAAUCAGACCAAGGGAUGAGGGGUCAUUGCAUCUCUGGUGGCUUGUCAUUGUGUGCUGGCUGUCUGGGGCUUCCUAUGGUUUAAAUGAAAUGCUGAUGGAGAGGCUCACCUGUCUGAUUUGGACAGAGCUGCAAGACUUACCUGCAUGAUCUCAACGUGAGGUUUUUAUUUUUGCCAAUCCAGCCUGCUAAAAUCUGUGUGGAGUAGGAAAUCUCAUCUUCCAAAUUUGAAAUCUUCCGACCACCACCUACAUAGGACAAUGGGAACUACUGAAGCCACUCUCCGCAUGGAGAAUGUGGAUGUGGAGGUGAAGGAGGAAUGGCAAGAUGAAGACUUCCCUAGGCCUCUUCCUGAAGAUACAGGAAUGGACACACUUGGCAGCCCUACAGAAGAUGACAUCACCUCUUCUCCUCCGAGUACGCUAAACAUAAAUGGAUCCCAUCGCAAACGAAAGACUCUUGUGGCUCCAGAGAUCAAUAUUUCCCUUGACCAAAGUGAGGGCUCCGUGUUUUCUGACGAUUUCCUGGACACACCAGAUGAUCUAGAUAUAAAUGUAGAUGACAUUGAGACUCCCGAUGAAACAGAUUCUUUGGAGUUUGUGGGAAACGGAAAUGAGUUGGAAUGGGAAGAUGAUACACCUGUUGCGAAUGCCAAGAAUAUGCCCGGAGAGAGCGCUGACCUAUUCGGUGAUGGAGGAGCCGAUGAGGGCGGACCCACCAAUGGACGCAUGUGGAGAACGGUUAUUAUAGGAGAGCAGGAGCAUCGUAUCGACCUACAGAUGAUAAAACCUUAUAUGAAGGUGGUGACACAUGGAGGAUACUACGGAGAAGGUCUGAAUGCCAUCAUUGUAUUUGCCGCUUGUUGUCUACCAGAUAGUAACUGUCCUGAUUACAACUAUAUCAUGGAGAAUCUCUUCCUGUAUGUGAUCAGCAGUCUGGAGCUACUGGUGGCUGAAGAUUACAUGAUUGUUUAUCUGAAUGGAGCAACACCGCGGAGACGAAUGCCUGGGUUAGGGUGGCUGAAGAGAUGCUAUCAAAUGAUAGAUAGGAGACUAAGGAAAAACCUUAAAUCAUUGAUCAUCGUGCACCCGUCCUGGUUUAUUCGGACAGUCCUGGCAAUCUCCAGACCAUUUAUCAGUGUGAAAUUUAUCAAUAAAAUUCAGUACGUGCAUACUCUGGAGGAUUUGGAAAAGAUAAUUCCCAUGGAGAAUGUACAUAUCCCUGAAGGUGUCUUGCAGUUUGAUGAAGAGAGAAUGAAAGCAAGGAGAGAGAGAUCAGAAAACAACCAAGAACCCACGGAUACAGGAAGCAUACCACAAACUGAGAAUGUGCAAGGCAAAUGAAUAUCCGCACUUGAGGAUUCCAUAAUGAUGUCUCAAUCCCCUUUGUUGUAAGAAGACACCUUCAUCAGAACUUCAAACUUAAUAUUUAAUUUCAAAACCAAGGGUCAACAUUGCAGGGGUUAUAUAAGCAAACUUUUGAUAUACGGACAAUUUACGUAGAAACUACACUAAUACUUCUAGUGUGAAUAUGUUUUGAUUGUCUCAAGAAAACACCAAAAAAGUUUGUUUUUUAAAGGUUGAGAUUAAUCCAACUUCAUCCAAGUCUUGCUACCAUAUCCUUGAAUAUCGACAUGCGUGUUAAGUGUCAGUGACUAUGUUCGCCUACUCCGUGUUCUUUAAUAUCCUGUAGUACAAGUCCAACAGCAGUGAUGAAGUAUAUGGAUUCAACCAAGGAUGGCAACUGAAUUAAUAAGAGCAGACACAAGCUGCAACCUGGUGACAAUCUUUAAUAUAUGGCUCAAAAUUUCCAUUGGCCCACUAGCCAUUGACAAGUGAAAAUUCAUCCUUGCCAAUUAGAUAUUCUCCUCUGGUGAGUGUGCCACAGACCAUCAAGGUUUACAGUGGCAAGUAACUUUAAGGAUUGAAAUUUUGAGCCACAAUAGAUUUAGAAAUCUGGGCCAGCUCAUAUAAGAUACUAUUGUUUCAUAGUAUUAAGCAGACACACUAAAUUUUAUUUGAGAUCUAACUGCAAGUAGCACUUUCCUUCUGCACAUAUUACUGAUAUAAAGCAGCCGGAAUCCCAACAUGCCUACAGAAUUGUGCUUGUAAUUUUUAUAAAUGUGGGUUCUGUUAUCAAGUAGGCCCUGUACGUACUUUAGACCCUUCGCCCAUUUCUGGGAGCUUUUAAUCUCCUUUCCUUGGUAUAGGAAAAUCUUUUCGCAAGAUCAAGAAGAGCAGUCUAAGCAGUUCAAUACAUAGAUUUUGUGAGGUUCAUGUGCAUUUCCAUCCCUACCCCUAUUGGCCAGGAUUUCCAGUUUAGAGCAAAGAUGGUCAUGGAAUGAGUAGAUGUGCACACUACGCCUACAUAGGCAGAGCCGCGGACUCAAAUUCUGGUUAAACACAAAUUUCUAGGUGUGCCGACAUCCCGGGAAGCACAUGGUACAUGGGCAACAAUGACUUGUGAUCCCUCUCCCUAGAUGAUAUCAUUGUAGUAGUUAUUGUUUCCUGCAGAAUGUGGUAACAGAUAGCCGUUGCUCCAACAAUACUUGUUUCUCAAUUGACAAAAUCUGCACAAUAGAAUAACUCUGCCUCUAACAGUUUUAGUAUUUGUCCUUUGAGCUCGUCUUUGACAAGUUGUCCUGUCGGGGAACCUUUAAAAGAAGCUUAAACUACGUUACGAGUUUUGAUGUUGCACAGAAGAGGAGACUGGACAUUUUUGAAAAUUAAAAUGUGUAUAUUUUGCUUCGGGGAUAAUAUGAGGAUAAUUGAAACACAAUUGUGACUACUCUAUCAAUAACUGAUACAAGUUGAUAUAGGACAAACAUUCUGUUUAUGGUAAAACAUAAAACAUCUUAGCAUUGCUGCAGUUUACAAACUAAUGGCUAACGUGGUUAUGUACUAACGUGAGAAUUCAAAGUGAAUUUUACAUUUUAUGCCAAAGUAGCUAAACUGAAAACCUAGUGGCUUAGAGCAAUUUUCCGAUUUAGCCCUUUUUGCCUUAAAUUUGAAAUUCGCUUAGAAUUUUUACUUUGGUAAAUUACUCGUGGUUAACACGAAAAGACCUAAAUUGCUGCAAAACAACCAAAGAAACUGGAAGCUAAAUUGCUUACAUGCCAGUUAUGAAUCCUGCGAUUACAAUAUGAGUUUUAAGAUGCCAGCCCGGGAUUAGUAAGUAUCCCACCUGAAUUCCUACCAGUAACUAAAAUCUGAUCUAUUUAUAACUGUAAAAGCUGUCCAAUUUACAUGAUGUGAUAAUCUUUCUAAUCCACACCAUGGCCACCUGCGUUCACACUUGUAGCGAAAACUACGUCUGAUACUUCCUAGUUAUGCUACUCUGGUAUGAAUUGUUUAAAGAAUACACACUAAUGUGUAGUGUGGUUUUUAAUAGAUUUACAUUUAUAAAUUGAUAACCGUAUUGAAAUGUUGCCGUGACACACAAGUUAUAUUGUUUCACAUUAAGAAAGUUACAUCAUUUCUAUUUGGAAUAGGAAGAAGAUGUUCGGCAAAGUUUUGAUGAGUUUUUUUUUUCAGGUCCACAGUUGCUUCUCAGUUACAAAAUUCACAGAAAAUCCUAAAAUUUAAUUUAACCUAAAAUUCGGACAUUAGUUAAAGUCUGUCUUGGGCCAAAUGCAACGAAAGUGGAAGGUAUGACUGACGGACAGUCCGUGAUAGAGACGAGUUGAGGGGUGUGCCUGCUCUGAAAGUUUGUGUGCCAUACAGAGAUGGGCAUAUCAAUCUUCCAUACGUAUAACCCAAUUACAAUUGUUUAUAUAGCGAGAAUGCAUUCAGCAACACCAGAGCCAUUUCUGGGUGGGUGCAGGCCACCCAGGUGCUCUGUUGAUAGGUAGAGUAUGCAGUGCUGGGGUCCUCCACCUCAGGUAGGCCCCACCCCAUCAUUAGGCCUAACUCAUCACAAGCGGCACCACCGGCAGAAGGGUGGGGCUUACCUGAGGGGUGGAGCCUAAUUCUGCACACAAUGCCUAUCUACAGAGCACCUGGGCGGUCUGCACUCAGCCAGGAUCAGCUCUGAGCAGCACUGUAGCAUAGGCAAACAAGAUAAACAAUUAAUUAUAACCAAACAAGUUUGUCAUUCGAGAAGAGUAGGUGAAGAGAGACAUGCAAAUAGCUAAAUAGCUGACAGUCUUUCUGUGCAGAGUGCUCCUGAAGCUGCUAUGGGGUCAAUGCACUAAGAAUAUUCUGCAUAGCAUCGAUUGAUGCGUCAAUGCUGCCGUUUUUGGGGACACAGGGAAUAAACCUACAACACAAGGACUGAACUCCAAAAUUACGACCGUGAUCAGCUAUUGAGAGGUAUGGAUUGGGUCUAAACGUACAGUUAUGAUUUAGAACAGUCUGGUGUCUGCUAAUAUGUUGAUAGAAUGUAUCCAAAUUCCAUACAAGGUGUAGGAAUUCGGACAUUUUUCCAAGAUAUAAUUAAAUUCAAGUUUGAUUAUUAUAUGGCAGAUUCAAAGACUUCUGUUUCCCUGUUUUUUGCAUGGGAAAUAUUAGAAAUGUGCAUAAAUUGCCACUGGCUGCGAGACAGUUUAAAAAAAAAAAAAAGAAACAGUUCAGUAAAACUCUUAAGUAUGAGCCUUUGGGACUGACUAAAACCGUAAUAAUGCACUUUGACAACAUAGUUUUUAGUUAGGAACUGGUGGACAUUUAAAGAUGCUCAUUGGUUGAUUGGUGGUCUACAAGAUCUUAGAAUUAUUUUUAAUUGGAUGGAUGGAAAACAGGAAUAACCAUAAGCUAACCCUCACAUGGAAGUUUCUGGUUAUUGGGGCAUCCUAAGGACCUCUGUUUCACCUUGUUUAAUUUAUUUUAAGCCAUUGCCCAAUGGUUGAAUCUGCAGCAAUCAAAUGAUCUUAAACAUGCUUGUACUAACUGCACCUCGAAAACUAUUGUAUCUUGGGAAUUCAAGUUAAAGUAAGUUGUUUUUACAAAAAUCAUUUUGAUUAUAAAAUAUAUAUUA